ACCCUCCGGGCACCGGAAGUAAACAAGGCACCCGUCAAACGCGGCAGGUGGGCUUGAGGAAAGCCGUGAAGCUCGUUUAACGGAACUUUCUGUCGUUCCAGGUUUCUGAAGAAGAAGCUGAGCUAACUCGCUGAAAUGAACGCGGCGCCAGACACAGACGCGUCGUCGCUUUUCGGCGGCGGCGGCGAGGCCGCGGAGGUGGAGGCGGCCGUGCGGGCAGCGGUCAUAUCCAUCAUGAAGGUGUUCGUGGAGCUCAGCGACAGGAGGGCGAGGAACUACCAGCUGAAGCUGGCCGAGGUGGAGCGGGAGAACCUGCAGCUCAGGCUCAGGUUAAAGGCGGCUGAACGGCGGCGCUCGGCGUCUUCCGGGGAAAGCUACGAAAUCUCAGCUAACCUGACCUUCUCACCUGAGUCCAGCCAGAGCCUCAGCACGGGGGUGGACGGAGAAGGAGAAGGAGGAGGAGAAGCGGGCUUUUCUCACAGUGUGUCGGAGCAGGAGGCUUCGGACUGCAGGCUGUAUAAGGAGGAGGCCGCGUAUGAAGACACGUUUUGGAUCAAGAAUGAAAUUACAGACGAGAACCCCGCAGUGGACUUUGAGUACCAUGUUCUAGCACACGUGGGCAGGACAGUGAGUGGUCAACCACAGCAGCAGACCAUGUCUGUGGAGAGAUGUGGGGCGUGCAACAGCUUCAACCACUGUGUUCAGGAGGGAGAUGCAGCCCUGACGAGCCUGGAGAGAAGGAGGCUGAACAGCAGCGAGAGAGUGAGGCAGUACAGAGCACGGAUCCGUGCCGACCCCGAGAAGUACCUCAUCUUAAAGGAGAAGGAGCGCUUGAGGUAUCUACAACGGAGAAAGACCAUUGCAGAUCUAUCUGAACCCAUGAAGAAGCUGAAGAGGAAGGCUUGGAGAGAGGCUGCAAGGCGUCACCGUGCCAGGAAGGUAGCCCAGGCUACUCUCGCUCACGCCCACGUGGCAGUGCAAAACAAUGUGUGACAAAGACGCUUUAUUUAUUAACACUUUCUCUGCACUGUAAAGACGACCUGUGCUUAAUAUGUCCAGGAACACAAACGAACAAGGUCAGUUUUAUUUCAGGUUGACUUGGUGCUGCGGUGUAGACUGUGUGUUUGUGGAGUCUGUAACCACUGGGCAAAAGUGCACCAGCAUAUUGUUGCUGUUGAGACAAAACCUUGUAUCUUGUAGAACCCUGCAUAGGUAAGAAACGGUGAAACCAAGUGAUUGAGGUGAAAAAAGUCCAACAGUGUUCACUAAACCGUGAAACUUCAGUGUCAGUGCUUUGUGCAUUUUAUACAGAAGCACUUAAUGGAACUAAAUCUAGUACAAGAUAUGAUGUAGAACGUUUGAAUCUCGAAACGUUCACGAUUGUCUCGCAGGUUUCCAGCAACUUUUUACAUUGACUUCCAUUAUAAUUUAGUGGAUAAUUAAUUAAUUAAUUAUAAGUUAAUUAUAAUUAACUAUGAUUUCUUGUUUUCUCCUUCCCCUGAAAAGUUCAACAGUAACAAUAUAUAAACUGGUAAACAUGUUCCCAAUAAUAAGGUUGUACAUACGUGUUCAUACUUGCUGUGUGAAAUCUAGUUGCAUAUGACAUUGUUUAAUGAAAGCCUUUGGACCCCCAACACAUGCAUGACUUCCAAACACAAACCUGUUUGAUACUGUAUAGUACUUUGUGUCCUCUGACGAAAAAAAUGUUUCUUUAUUUAAAAUGUAUCGGAUGAUCCUUUUAUGAUUAUUCUCCAAAUCUAGAUAUUGGUAUGAUGAGAUUUAUGAUUUUGAAGGUGUCAAAUAUCCAUACCAUGACGUAUUUCAGAGUGAAACACAGUACACUGCAGAAAACGGUCAUAUAAUAUACUCAAUAAAUCAAAUUUGUCCUGUUGAGAUUCUCGUAAGCUUAAGAUUAUUUACCUUCUUACUAGACAUUUUUAGUUGAUUUAGUUGAUUUUAUUUAGUGUAAUUCUCAAUACAGUGUGAUUUCAAAAAGAUUAAUCUGAUUUCCAAAUGUUAUUUCACUUGGAAAUCAUUACAGAACAAUGCAGUGAACUGUAAAUGACUUAAUGAGCAUAAAGGUUAUGUAAUUUCAUAAGUACUCAAUAUGAACCUCCUCCAGCUGUACCAACAGCAUCGACUCCACAGUCAAACUCAUCCCGUACUGGAUUGAGCGUGUCGGGUGUCGCUGACGGCUCUUUCCGUGCGAUUUCGGAGAUCAUCCAGUGCUGUGGAACCAACGACGAACGCUCUGAGCUGUUGGAGCUUCACUGCCCACGAAAAUCAGGCUGCACAGUUCUGACGGAUUCACUCUUAUUGACGUGGGGAACGCAGAACGCUCUGCUCAGGGGUCUCAGCUCCUCUCAGACUGAAGAGAGCCAUCAUCCAGUGACCGUCAGAAACUCUCUGCCCCCCCCUUUCAAUUAGUAUGUGAUUGGUUCCUAGGCACCUCACGGUUGUAAAAGCAUGGCACAUUAAAAUCAGAUUAAUCUUUUUUGAAUUGUAUAUUGGCAGGUAAUAUUGCUUGUUCUAGAAAUGUGCUUAAAACCAGCAAAAGUAUCUGCCAGUGUUGAGAGAAUUUAACUUGAUAAAAUUACCUAAAAUAAGUAAAAAUGUCUAGAAAUAAGCUAGAUUAUUUUAUAAGUGCACAAUCAUCUCAAAAUGUGAAAUAUUAGAUAUAUUGACUAGAUCGAAGAUCAUUUCACUUGAUGAUUCCAAUUUUUGCAGUGUAAUAACAACAUCUCUCGAUGAUAGGUGGGAAGGGGGCAUGUAAACAUUACAGGUUAAUAUUAUUUUACCAUGCCCCCUACUGUAUGGUGAUGCAGUCAAAACUGAGGAGGCUUUUUUAGGAGGGAGACAAACACCAUUACAUUUCAUCUCUUAACCGAUUCAUGAGGAGUUGUUAAUCUAACUAGGGGUUUGAACUAGGCUAAAAAGUACAUUUUGAUUUUGGGUUUACAUUUAAUGUUUCGGACAGUUCUGCUGUGUAGGCAGUGUGAUGGUUUGGAUAACAUGCCAGUAUCAGCAAUGAAGAUACCCAACAUUGAACAAACAAUAAAGCUUUACUGAUGAGUUCUGA